AUGUCAACAAUCUCUUCAAAUGCUGAUAUCAAUACCAAAUAUCAACGUGUCGCUGCAGAGUAUGCUAAGUUGAAAGUUCAAAUAUCCACGUUGAAGAAUGCUGUUAUUGCGGAACAAGCAAAAAAUGAAAAGCUGUCGGUUGAUUUGCAUAACAGCGAAUCAGCAUUGCGGAAACUCGAAAAUGAAAAGGAAGGAUUUGAAUUUCGUAAUAGCCAGCUGGUGAAGCGAGUCGAAUCAUUACAAAAUGAAAUUGACAAUGUUAAACAGGCAUCCGUUAAGAAACGAGGACUGUUUCAAAAGAAUGCAAGUGCAGAACGUUCGAUUGAAUUGGAUAAUGGUGUUCUGCAGAUGGAAUUGCAGAAGAAAGUGGCAGAAAAUGAAAUAUUGCACAGGAAGAUAUCCGACCUGGAAAGCGAAUAUACGGAAACAACGUCAGCUCUUAAUGAACAAUAUCGGAUCCUUGAAAUCGAAAAUGUAAAGCUGAAAGAAGAACUUAAAAGGAUAAAGACGGAUGUUGUAACUGAUCAGACAGUGAAUUGUAACAUGGGAAAACAGUUGAAAAUCCAGUUAGCUGCUGAGAACAUGUCAGUGAUGGAAGUUGGCGCUACAGGGAGUCAAAAUUUGGCGUUACAUUCUGAAGGAUUUGUCGCUAUGAAAGAGACACUGCAAGUUCUAUGGCUAGAUGCCUUACGUAUGGCAAGAAUGCUAGCAGCUGGAUUUGCAAAUUUACUUCAGCUGUUUGAGCAACGCUCCACAAUCUAUCCAAAUGAUAGUAACAUGGAAAAAUUACCGGAGAGGACACUUCUGUAUGGACGACGAUUGUUAUCAAGUUGUGAUAUGUUUGAAGCCUGUUCAAGCAGCAUUGAAAAUAUUCUGAUAAAAAGCACUGAUAAUGACUGCUGUAACUUAUCUGCUGAGUGCGUAGAAAUUAUUUCAGUUAUCACUAGCGCAUUGUUUUCUUGUCAGGAAUGGCAAGACUUGUUCUAUGAAAAUAGUGUUGAUGAAAAUAGGAUAUCAUGGUGCGGAACGAAUCUAAGCAAAUGUAAUGAUGAUUGGACUACUGCAUUUCUUACACUUCUUCGAUCUCUCAUUGCUCUUUCUGGGCAAAUUAAAUGCAGCGAUGGUCAAUCUGCAUUGGACUUGUUUGCUUUGGUCGAAAAAUCGAGAGCAGCGUUGGCAGAUUGUAGUCGUACUUAUACGGCAAAAAUUUUCAACGAAAAUCACAUUCCGACAGCUACGAAGCGGUUACGCUGUGUCAAUGAAUGCAUAAACAAUUGCUUGACAUCGCUGCAUCGCAAUUUCAAUAGCUUCGUUGCAUUUGUACAGCUGAUCAUGAACUCUAAUCAAAUAAAAGAGGUAGACGUUGUUUCCAAGAACACGGAAGAUGCUUGUUCUCUGUCAGAUUCUGCACUGCCAACUAGUGCUGUGAAGAUGGUAGCUAAUAAGAAUAAUGGCGAAGUUAAACAUGAGGAAGUACAGAUAUCAAAAAACAAAUGUGCGCGGUCAGCUACCGAUUUUUGGAAAUCCGAAAUAGAGUUAGCAACGAAAAGGAUUGUUGAAUUAGAAAAAGAAAAAGAGCGGAUCACUUUGGAUUAUGAACUUCUUAAAACGAAAUUAGACCCAGUGGAGUCGUCAGAAUCUCGAACUGCUGUGUCAGAAGUUUCUUGUAAUAAUGCAGAUGUGAUUUGUUCAUAUUUCGAAGAGCGGAUUGGUGAUUUACAUGCUGAUAUCGAACAUAUUCGUAGUCGAGCUUUCUAUUAUAAGCAUGAAUGUAAAGAUUUGCUCAAAUUAGCUAAACUGUCAAACCACGAAAAUAAAACGUUACGCGAGGAACUAAGCCUUGUAACUGCGAGGGAAUUAGCAUUAAAGGAGGAGCUGGAAAUGACACGGAAAAGUUAUGAUGUGCAACUGCAAAAUUUGCAUGAACAUAUUGCGAAUUUAAAUAUUCAGUUAGACGAGCAGUCGAAAGCAAUGAAUUCUUUCAAAGAUGUGUUUAAUGGAGUAACCUCGACUAAACAGAAUUCUCGCAAAUCACUCCUCAAAUGA